AUGGAUUUACGUGUUGGUAGAAAAUUUCGUAUUGGAAGAAAAAUUGGUAGUGGUUCCUUUGGUGAAAUUUAUCAUGGUACCAAUUUAAUUAGUGGUGAAGAAGUCGCAAUUAAAUUAGAAUCAAUUAGAUCAAGACAUCCUCAAUUAGAAUAUGAAUCUCGUGUUUAUAGAUAUUUAAGCGGUGGGGUUGGUUUACCAUUCAUUAGAUGGUUUGGUCGUGAAGGCGAAUACAAUGCAAUGGUUAUAGAUUUAUUAGGUCCAUCAUUAGAAGAUCUAUUUAACUAUUGUUAUAGAAAAUUUUCGUUUAAGACUGUAAUUAUGUUAGCAUUACAAAUGAUUUGUAGAAUCCAAUAUAUUCAUGGUAGAUCAUUUAUUCAUAGAGAUAUUAAACCGGAUAAUUUUUUAAUGGGUACAGGUAGACGUGGUAGUACAGUUCAUGUAAUUGAUUUUGGUUUAUCAAAAAAAUAUAGAGAUUUUAAUACACAUCGUCAUAUUCCAUAUAGAGAAAAUAAAUCUUUAACAGGUACAGCACGUUAUGCAAGUAUUAAUACACAUCUAGGUAUUGAACAAUGUAGAAGAGAUGAUUUAGAAUCAUUAGGCUAUAUUUUUGUUUAUUUUUGUAAAGGUUCUUUACCAUGGCAAGGUUUAAAAGCAACAACAAAGAAACAAAAAUAUGAUAGAAUUUUAGAGAAAAAAUUAAGUAUUAGUACAGAAGUUUUAUGUGAAGGUUUACCAAUGGAAUUUAAAGAAUAUUUGGAUUAUUGUAAAAAUUUAAAAUUCGAUGAAAGACCAGAUUAUUUAUUUUUGGCAAAAUUGUUUAAGGAUUUAAGUAUUAAAUUGGAAUAUCAUAAUGAUCAUUUAUUUGAUUGGACAAUGUUACGUUACACUAAAGCAAUUAUCGAAAAGCAAUCUUCUGAUAUUUUAACAAUUAAAGAAAAUGGUGAAAAUGGUAGUAAUAAUAAUAAUAAUAAUAAAGCUGAAGUAUUUAAUAAGAUUAAACAAUUAACAUUGAAAAAAUUUUCUUCACAUUUUCAUUAUUAUCGUAGUAAUGAUAAACACACUCCAACUCCAGAUGAAAUUAAAGUACAAACGAAUGAAAAUAAUAAUAUUGUUCCUUCUUUACCUCAACAAUUACUAUCAGUAAUAGAUAAAUCUUUAGAAAAUAUUAACGCUACAGAUUCUACAAAACAAGAGCAGCAGCAGCAGCAACAGCAACAACAACAGCAGCAGCAGCAACCGCAACCCUUGCUAGAUCAACAACGUCAACAAGUAAAUCUUCAAGCACCUCCACAACAGAAUAUACAACAACGUUCGGGAUCUACUUAUUAUCCACCAACUAAUAGUAAUCCUCAACAGCAGCAGCAGCAGCAGCAGCAGCAGCAGAGUAAUAAUAACAUAUGGUUGUAG